CUUGACGCGAUGGCGGCAGAAAACGAAGAUGGGAAGAAGAUGCUUCCAAACAGCGACAGCAAACCACGCUCGCACCCGCGAAAACCGCUGUGUGCAUGCACAACUUACAGUCUGAACAAAUUGUUUCUCUUCAUCUACGCAUUUUUGUUUUUGAUAAUCGGAUUGAUACUGUUGGUGGUUGGGAUCUGGGCAGAAACAGAACGCCGCCAGUACCGUUACCUCAACAACCAGUUAUCUGCUCCUGUUGCCCUACUGAUAUUUGUUGGACUAUUCAUCGCGGUAAACUCACUAUUUGGAGUCCUGGGAACGCUGAAGGAAAAUGUUACGCUCCUUAAAUUGUUCCUGGUUCUAACAGUCUUGGCAUUCCUGGCUCAGGUGGUUAUUGGUAUUUUAGGCUUUGUCUUCAGAGAGAGGAUUCCUGCUUUGACAAAGCAUGGUUUCCUGUUUGCCAUUGAGGAUUAUACCAGUAGUGAUAAUAUACGGCUGUCUGUGGACCGGCUGCAAAUGGGGUUGGAAUGCUGUGGGCUCGAAUCGUACAAGGACUAUGAAGAGAACGCUGACUUUGCAUGUGGCUCUGGCAAGCCGGAAGCCUGCAGUGUGCCCCAGUCCUGUUGCAGACCUGCAGAAGAUGGGACCCGGGAUGUGAACUGUGGCGUGGCUAUCCGGUACAAUGUUUCGAGUGUGAAGAUUGAAGAACGGAUCUUCUACCGGGGCUGUAUUUCCACCUUCAAGACCUGGAUUGUGGAACACCUGGAUGUGGUUGGGGCCGUGGCUCUGGGAUUUGCCAUCCCUCAGAUAUUUGGCAUUCUCCUGGCCUACUUCUUCAUCCGUCGCGUUGAGGAGAUGAUAGUGUGGUACCGUGUCGGGAACUUCUGAGAUUUCUCCACCCCGAGCAGGAACAGCCAUAUCUGUCCAUUUUUUAUCCUUGUACAAAUAUUGGCACUUAUGGCUGGAGAACUUGUCCCUGCCCAUGUGCAUCCUGUGUAAGAGAGACUGGGCCUACUCACACAAAGCGGAUGUAGAGUGUCCACAAAACUACCAUAGCAACCAAUGCUAAAGUCAUAGCGUUACCAUGGUAGUUACUGCAUGUAACGCUCCAAUUGCUUUGUGUAAGAUGGACUAGAGUAACAAGAGCUACCCACUGUUUUGGUCAGCUAUGUUUUCCCACUUUUCUGUUUUUCGAUCUGUUUGAUGCUUGAACAAACUCUGUACAGUAAAUGUGCCAGAAAUUAGGUUGUUUGUAUUUUCACAUUUUUCUUUAAAUUUAGUUUACAUUUAUAUUGUGUAAGUUUAAGCAUAAUAUUUAGAAGACGUCCAGUUUGUGCAAUUCUUAAAAAUGGUUACAUAUUGUGUAACUAUACAUGAUUUGUCAUUAUGCCAGACCAGAAUGUAAUGUGCAGAGUGCUUUUAUCUUUUUUUACAUACAUGUAUUUUACGUUUUUCUUUGGCCAAAUACUUUUUAUUAUUGUACAAGGAAUGUUGUGUUUUGAGCAUUUUACACUUUUCAUUCAUGGCAGUUUUAAACAUGAGAAUGGUUCUUCUUACCAUGACAUUGAGAUUAUGUUGAGGUCAAACAGAAAUAAUAAGACUCCUUAUGCAUGUUUGCUGUAGUACUCUGUAUUAAAGCCCCUCAUGGCAUUGUAAAGGCUACGGGGAACAAAUUGACUGAAGAGAUUGAUGGGUUAUCUCCCUUUGUAUAACAGAUUGCUCUUGUAUAUUUUGUAUUGUACAUGUAUCUUCCCUUGUAAUCAGCUGUAUUUUGCGCCAAUAAUCAAAAGCGGAUGUGCAAAUGGCUUAUAUGGUUUAACAGAGGGCAACAUGUUUUUUCUUUUCCAAACCAUUACUUUUUUAACCAUUGUGUAGUCCUUCUAGUUGGACUCCUAGAUUCCUUAUCUUAACUGUAUAUAUAUAUAUGUGCCGUAUUAUCUUACACUUAUUGAAGGUGAACAUUUUGAUUAUUCCAUAUGGACUGCUAAGUUUGUGUUCAGCAGCACAGGUCACAGGCACUUCACACUUUAUACGCAAAGAACCAGGAAGGUACACAUGCAUGGGUACUAAUAUCCAGUUUUGCUCUUAACUGACAGUAGAUAGUAAAGUGAAUAACUAAGAUAGACCAUGUGUAUAUGAAUGAUAUUGAAGAUGAGUACAGCCUUAGCUGGAGAAACUUUUAAAGACACCAAACAUAAUGACGUGUACUUGUGUAGGGAAUGUACAUGUAUUUAAGAUAAGGACACAUUGCCAAAGGAGUACAAAACGUAUGGGAUUUGACCCUACAAGCGAGUACAAGUGUCCUACAAGGUGAUAAUUUGGAGUACAUUUUCCAUGUUUUAUGCAAACGUGUUUGACACAGUCUGAUUUGGUUUAAGGAGAAUGUUUGGUUCUAAGAUGUCACAAAUAUCUGUAACUUUUGAAACAGCUGUCACAACACUUCACAUCUAUUUUCUCAACUUUUAACUCAAAAUUGACAUCGUCUACUUUAUGAAGCUAUAUGGCACCAUUAGGAGAAAAGCUACAGAAAAUAUUUGCAAGGGAAAAUAUCACAGGGUUACGUGUCCACGUGCACAUCCAUUGAGGAUUUGAAGUCAUCAGGCAUAUUUUCAGCCCUGGUUUGAUGGACCCCACAUGUAGUUUACAUUUGUAUGUCAUUAUUUUAUUACACUAAUCAAACAACUUACAUGUAAUUAAAGUAACUUUUAGUAGGUAGAUGCAUUUACAGUGUAUAAUUCAUGUUGUUAACAAUCGCCAUGUUCUUCCUGUGUGGCCAUGUUCAGCCAUUCUUGUAUCCUGUGUUAGCAUUAGCUGUCUCACUGCCUCUGUAUCUAGAACUUGCCACUGUCCAAGAUGGAUGUUGUGCAUAGUAACAGAUCUGAUGUCCAUUUGUGCAAGUUAAAUUAAUAAAGUUCCCACUUUCCUCAACUGAUAGAUGAUAGGUAUGUGAUUAUCAAGAUUAAGGUGUCACACAGUUUGCUCUUUAACUAAGAGUCUUGUAGUGAAAUUCUAGUCAAUUCCCACUAACAGUUUUAAUAUUCAGACAGCACUUUACUUUAGUGUGAAGCACACCAGCAUGGAUUUAAAACUGACUGGGAGAUCUUACUCAGUGUGCAUGAGAUAUGAACAUAGUGUGAAAUGUGUGCAAACCAUUUAAAUAUAUCAGAAAUAUACCACAUGAAAAUAUAAAGAAUUAUGGUUUGUUAUUGACUAUAUUAUCAUCAUUGUCAAAUCUGAAAGAAAGGUGCUAUUGUAUGAGGUGAGAAAUCCAUGAUCAUGUGACCUGGGCAUACUGCAUAAGCUGGGGGUAUCAACAGACCGUAACUGGUACUAGUACAUGGCAUGUGGCUGGAGGAAAAGUCUAAUCUGUGAUCACCUGGACCAUCAUAUAGAUAGACGACCAGGUUUACAGCAGAGAAAUGAUCAGUAUAUGUGCAUCUUUACUUUGAUCCACUUUUUCAAACUACAGCAAAUAUAUAUUUAAUGUCAAUUUUUUUGUAAAGAGUUUUCACACAGCAUUUUUUUGCCAAAUACCAUGAAUUUGUGUGGUUGAUCAUAACGUAAUGUUGACAUGCUGUACCAGAGUACCCAGGCAUGAUUACAAGAUCAAAGCCUUGUGAUCAAGCAGAGACCCGUGUCGAAGCCAUUGCACAAGAAAUCCUGAACUACAUGUAUCUGUUGAAAUUCAGACUAGUAAUAUUUUGUUUCUAGUUCACCAUCAGGAAGCACGACAUAUUGAAAUCCAGGAUGUCCGCCUAUAUCACUUGCCUUGAUUUAUCCACAACUUCCUCCAGAUUUGAUGAAGCACUUUCCUUUUUGUGAGAUGCAGUUUUAAGGGAUUUUGUAAUUUUGUUUUCUGGAGUGAAUCUGAAUGUGUGUAGUUGUACAUGUAAGUAGUUCUGUUUUUGUCAGUGCUAGUCCUCCUGACUGCAGGGUAUGACUAGAAGUACAGAUUGUCUUCAAGUUCGCAAAUGCUAGAAAGCUUGUGGUGCUUCUGCUAAGUCACCUGACCAUUUGACAAAAUCUCUAAGUGUUGUCUUUGGUGUUCAUAAUUACUCACAUUGACCAAUCAUGCAGUUUAUUCAAAUAAAAGUUAUC